CCACCUCGAUAUCUGCUUUCCGCGACAAUUAAACUGAUAUGAGGUGUUUGGUAGAUAUGUGCAAUUCAGGAAGUGACAGGCGUCAGGAGUUGUUUAUGUUGAAAAAAAAGUUAUGUUUAUGAUGUCUAUAUUGCUUAUCUAUGAUUGUUGAAACCUGUCACAUAUCAGUCAGUCUUGUGCCUUCAUUUGUGCUGUUCAAAGGUCCUGCUAGAAGUGGUGAAACUUAUCAGUUAUGCUUAACAGUGUCUGCAUUGGUUGUAUACUCUUAACUGCAAUGGAGUUUUCCAUCAAUACCACCUGGGAUAGCUUACCUGUGGAUCAUAAACCGGUAAAAAUUCGUUUUUCACCUGGUGAGGAUGGUUUGUUGAUGCACGUAACUGCUCCUUUCUUCAAUGACCCCCCAGCUCCAGCCGGACCCCCUGGACCGUUUCCUGGUCUCUGGGAUUAUGAGGUGGUUGAAUCCUUCUUCCUAAACAGCAACACUGAGCAGUAUCUAGAGGUGGAAGUCUGUCCACAUGGACAACACCUUGUUCUGCUGCUGAAUGGGAAACACAAUGCAUUUAUGCAACAGCUACCUCUUUCGUUCACGGUCAAUAUAGAGGACAAAACAUGGAGAGGUGAGGCACUUUUGCCCUGGAGGUAUUUCCCUCAGGGCAUUAACAAGAUGAACUCCUACGCUAUUCAUGGCUCUGGUGCGGGAAGGACUUACGAGUCUUUAUAUCCUGUGCCAAGAGAAGACCUUGAAGAGGGACAGGGACCAGAUUUCCAUCGUCUCGAGUAUUUCCAGGACUUCACACUGCAGAGCAUCAUGGGAGAAGACUGGGUCCAGCCAGAGUCUGAUCUGUGGAAUGGUGCAGGCAAAUUUGUGCAGAAAAGCACAAAUUAAUUCAAACCUGGUUCAUAAUCGGCUUAUUUGGAUUUUUUUUAACAGCGUAAUGACUCGUAAUUUGCUUUCAUGGCUGUGUUAGAGCACAAAGUCCACCGCAGCCUGAUCAAAGUUAAUGAUGUGGCUUGUUUUAAUGUGGCUAUAAUGUGAAUAUAAUGGGUUUUAUUAUCACAAUUUAAUAAAUCUUGAAUCAGUAAUGCAGCACUAAUCUCGACGCUAAGUAUUACGUCAAGCGCCAAAUGUCUCUGCAGCAAUAUGCGAUAAAUGGGAAUUAUGUUAAUUUUUAUUGAAAUGAACCAUUUAAAUUUGAAGUUGUAAAUGGGUUCCCAGCACAUUAAGUAAAGAAACAAAUAAAUGCAAACAUUUAAUAAUCAGACAUUUCAUUACUUUUCAUUUAACUUCUUUAACCCUUUCAAGUCACUCCCCAAAUCAUUAAAAAUAAUGAAUUUAAUGUUUAUUAAUGUUUAUAGUUGUCAGUAUCAGGAUUAAAACUUUAAGCGAGCCUUAUCUCUCUCUCAACAAAACCAUGCGUAUAAUCAAUAGGUGCCGUGUUAGCUGCAAAUUAGCGACUAAUAAGACGGAACACGAGUUUAUAAUUACAGCCGCUGUCCUUUAAAUGAAUAUUAGCAGUGACUACUGAGCCGUUGCUCUUUAUUCGCCGAACCUCUGACACCAGUCAAAAAAAAAGAGAAGGGGAUGUGCACCACGGCAUGCACAGCAUACAAAGAAACAAGAUUUCAAUAUAUCAUGCAUGACUAACAUAUAGUUUUUUUUUAGUACUUAAUACAGAAAUAUUUUGAUUCUGUGCAUGUGAAGUGUAUAGUAAUGCAUAAUCUGUUAAUGCUUAAUUAUUUCAGGUAUAACAACACACAUUACUGUUACACUGUCAGAAAAAAAUGGUCAAAUUAUGUACCCCAACUAUCACCGGGACAGUUCCUUUUUUAAAAACAAAUACAGCUUUGCACUAAACAAAGUUUAUAUUAGUACCUCAGAGGUACAUAUUGAUACCAAAUGAAUACAUAUCUGUAUCUAAUGAAACAUAUUAGGACCUUUUUAAAGGGUACUGCCCCAAUUUUGACAAUUUUUCUAACAGUGUAUGUUACUUUAAAGGGACAUCUCACUUUUUU